ACAAAACUUACGUCCAACGCGCCCUUUCACCUCUGCGUGGCGGCCCGUUCGAGUUUCCCCGGUGCCACCUGUCCACCGUGCCGCGCUGCCAACCUCGCCGUGCCGGCAACAGGUGGCGGCAGGUAGCAUUUCAUUGGCGGGUUAGCCUGUCUGCAGCCCGACCCCGUUGAAGGCGGAGGUAACGAAGGAUAAAACCACCGGGGCAUUGAUACUCUCCUGCCACCGGCCAUUGCACCACAGCACAGUCCUCCCCCUCCUCCUGUUGAGACGCUACAGAUCUGCUGCUUCACUUCCCCCUGGGUUCAACUUCUGCUACGGAUGAGUGACAAAUGCUUGGAUGCAGCAGGAUGACUCAUGCCUUGUGUGCAGAUCAGUGGAGUGUAACACCCUUGUUGUCGGCCAAAAUAAUCCUUGGAACCAAAUAAGAUGAGCCAUCACUGUGACUCGGGCAGAUAAACAGAUGCUUGGAUUAACAUUGAUCUUAUAAACAGAUGUGGAGAAAGCCCUCCAACUUUGGAUGAAGAAAAAUGCCCCAAAAAACACUUUAAAAAGGUUCAUAAAACCUGGUUGAGGUCAAUCCCCCUGGGACUAACCGCGGAGCACUGCCCUCUCCACUGACUUUUCCCCGCAGCGCAUCAUCCCUCCUCACCUUUUAUCUCCCGAGACCGUCCUCCCCACAACCCCGAACUCCCGCCCCUCACUACGUAGAAAACCCACAACAAGUGGCCCAGCCAAUGAGAGGCACCUCGCUAGUGUGUGGAGAGGGGGCCGUGGAACAGAAAGACAAAUGCUCACGGGGGAAGAGAGUAGAGGACCACUUUGCGAUUGUCGUUUCCCCCCCAUGCAGCAUUUACCUGCAUUUCCCGGCCGUACGAGGACUGCUAAAUGAUCCAGCCCGAUCCCCUAAGGGGCUCUCGGGACUUGUCCGGCUUCGGUUUCUGCUGGAGAUCCGCGGGGAGAGAGCGCGCAACGGGGAAUCGCCGAGCUGGAGGCAGUUUGUUGCAGGAACCGAGAAUCGCCGCGAUGGAAUGAGCCGCUGCAGAAAACUCUCCCAAGUUAUGGGGAAGCGUCCUUCUCUCACUCCUGCGAGUCUGUAUCUUAGUUUCCACCCAAAUCAUGUAUGGAUAACGGGAGGCUCGCUCAAGAAUCCGGCUCAAAUGGAUCAGUGCUGAGCGGGGGGGAAGGAGCCGGGAUUACACGGUGCUCUGCCAGCCUGUUGAACGCCCACACACGGGCCUAUCAAGCCCCAUCCGUCUCGGAAUAAGUCACAGUCUCCGGCGAAGACACUGUCCGUGCAAGUGGUGUAGAAGUUUUACAUAUGACACUGCUGUGAGUUUCCCCGUUUCCUCGCCAGAACAAUGGCAACCCCUGGCGCGUCGGCCCGGAGCGUGUGCCGAUCCCUUUCGACUCUUAGCUGUGCGCUUUUGAUUUUUGGCUACUUAUCCGUGGCCUCGCCGUCCCACGGUCGGCGGCUGAUAUGCUGGCAAGCCAUCAUGAACUGCCAGGCCGAGCCCGAGUGCAAUUACGCAUACGAGCACUACACGCGCGCAUGUGGCCCCGUGCUGAGCGGGGAGAGGAAGAAGUGCCCCAGCCACUGCAUCUCCUCGCUCGUCCAGCUCAAUCUGACCAAAAACGGGCCGGCUCUGGAGGAAUGCAGCUGCGUCCACGACGUGCGGUGUACCAGCACCAAGCGGGCCAUCGAGCCCUGUCUGCCCAGGACUACCAGCACCGGCUGCACCGAAGCCCGGCGCCAGUGCGAGAGAGACCAGCAGUGCAGCUCCGCCAUGCAAGAUUAUUUGAGGUACUGCGGGAAACUUUUCAGCGGGGCGGUGUGCACCAACGCCUGCCGCAACGUGAUAGCGAAUAUGCGUAGAAUACCCAAGGGUCAGCAGCUGGAGACGUGCAUGUGUGACGGGACGGAGAGGGCCAUCUGUGAGUUCGUCAAGAGCAGCAUGAAGGCGCUGUGCUUCGACUCGGCCGACAGCUACGAGAGCAGCGGCGACGAUGGCACGGACCAAGACUCCGAAGAAGAGACGACGGACUAUCCGGUGGACCCGGAGAGCGGAGCCUCUCUCCCAGCGGCCCACCGUGUUUCGACCCUGCUGGCAUCCAUUUUGGCUCUGUUGCCCCUCAUCUAAUCCCUGCGCCGAUUGUUGUCCGGAUGAGAGGCCGUCUCCACUUUUGUCACUCGUUGACCUGCCACCGCAGUGAAAGGUCAGAGCCGCAAAGACUAGAGGAAAGGACCUUGUUCGAAUCGAGAGUGGUGGACGCUGAAGGAUAUCAAAUCAGGAUGUUUUCUAUGCAAAUGAAACCAGGAAGAUAUUUUAAACUGCCUGAGCUCUGGGCUGCUCUCUUAUCAACACACACCACUUUUCUGCUCUCCAGAUGCUUUGCUUAUGUGAUAAGCUAAAUAGGAUUGUCUACUUGCUCACAGUCACAGACUGAUAGUAGAGUUGUCAUAAUAGAGACACAGUUGGUUUGUUUUGGUAACAAUGCAACGUUUAAUCAGUAUAUGCUGUGCACUGCCAAUCUUUUUUUGGUUUCUUUUUUUAAGAUAUGAACUAUUUUUGUAUGAUAGACUGUUACCAUUUGGCAGCAGGCUAUCUGAUCCACAUGUAUUUAAUGCUGGAAUCUAUGAACCUGUAAAUAGAUUAGGAGUUAAAGUGAAACAGUAAUUUAUUACACGCCACCUAGUUACAUCCAAAUGUCCAUCAUGUGAAUAAAAGACUGAGAAUUCCAGCUUUAAAGGGAAGUUAUUUUGCCUGUAUUCUCUUCAAAGAUAAUGUACAUUGUAUAUAUGUGUAUAGCCUAUAUAGAUUUUUUCAGAGAAUCCUCUAUGUUUUAGGCUAUGACAUGAUUUAUUCACGGUGUAUAGCCCAGAGAAAGAAAUGUCUAAAUCCACUGUAUGAUUGCCUCAGUGAUAUACUUUUAUAGAAGGCAUAAAGGAAACUUGAAGAUAUCGUUCUUGACUAUGAGUUCUUUGUUGAUUUUGCCUCACCGCUUCCCCGAUAGCGUUGUGUCUCAGUUCAGAGAGUAAAAUGAUCUUGUAUAGUAAGCAUGAUUGAAAAGAAAUGUUGGAUCAGUUGUCACAAGCCAAGACACUGGCAAUAUGAGCAGAAACUUGAUUUACACAUACAAUUCAGUUAGGUAAUAAAAAUAAUGUAAAUCUGCUAAGUGUGUGAAUCUUUAUUCUGCUACACACUUAUUUUUUUGUUCCUAAAAUCCCAUUAAACUUUGAACAAUGGUUAAGGUCAACUGUGCAUGAUACAAGCCACUUUAAGUGUAAAGCAACUUAUUUUGGUUUCAUAACAGGCUGAUUUAAAGAGCUAUAUGUUGGCUAUGCUCCUUAGUUUGGUUUUCUAGUGCUAACUAAGGGGGUUUACUCGAUUAACAUGAUAUUGAAUAUUAAUCCCGUUGAUCGUGAAGAUAAAACCGAAACAUCGCACUCACAAAAUUUAAACUAGCAUUAUUUUUCUGUUGGACAGUGCCUGAGAUGAUUAAGGCAUUUGUACUCCUUUUCUGGAUGUUUAUCCCACAAGGGGAUAUCUCUGGUCGCUUUCAGCUCCAUCGUUACUCAAUACACUACAGCUGUGUAAUAAAUGGAUUAACUUUUACAGCCCUGUCUAUAACUACAUUACAGUAUAUACAGGCUCGUUUAAAAAAGCAGGUUAGCUUCCACUGUGGUCUGACAG